AUGGCCUCUCCGCCUAAGCCCUGGGAGCGCGCUGGAGCCGGUACCGGCGCUGCAGCCUCGAUACCUGUUCCAUCAACCUCAACAGCGAUACCAAGUGCGACAACAUCCAGCACUACUACUUCAACCGCGGCGCCCCCCGUACCUGCGCUUCCGUCCUCUCUUGCUUCGACAGUUAACCAAAACGCCUCGGCAUACAGCCGUCCAAUGGGUACCAUGGGUACCAUGGGUGGCAUGGGCACCUCACCUUAUGGAGGCUACGGCUCGGGCUACGGAAGCACGUACUCUUCGCCCUACUCCAGUCCUUACUCUCGUUUUGGCGGCAUGGGCAGCUAUGGAGGCGGAAUGUACGGCGGCAUGGGGGGUAUGGGCGGUUAUGGAGGCAUGUAUGGCGGUGGUGGUAUGUACGGUGGCAUGGGUGGCAUGGGAAUGAAUGACCCCAACAGCCUCACCAACCGCUUCAACAACGGCACCGCCGCUACCUUUCAGAUGCUUGAGGGCAUUGUCGGAGCCUUUGGCGGCUUUGCGCAGAUGCUAGAAAGCACCUACAUGGCCACACAUUCGAGUUUCUUUGCCAUGGUUUCCGUCGCCGAACAGUUUGGUAACCUGCGCGACACGCUUGGAUCCAUCCUUGGCAUCUUCACCCUCAUGCGAUGGAUUCGCACGCUCAUUGCCAAGAUUACUGGCCGACCUCCGCCUGCCGAUGCCACCGCUCUGACCCCUGCCGCCUUUGCUCGAUUCGAAGGUCGUCCUGGUCCCGACGGCGCCCCCGGUGGUGCUCCACGCGCCAGCAAGAAGCCCCUCCUCUUCUUCCUGCUUGCCGCCUUUGGCCUGCCAUUCCUCAUGUCCAAGAUGAUUCGCUCUGUUGCCGCCAACGCCGAGGAAGAGGAGCGCCGUAUGCACGAGCAAGCUCUGGCCGCCCAGCAGCCCAUUGACCCCUCCAAGCUUGAGUUCUGCCGCCUCCUCUUCGACUUUGCCCCCCAGAACAACAAUGGCAUGGAGCUCGACGCCAAAAAGGGCGACCUCGUUGCUGUCCUCACCAAAAACGACCCGACCGGCCAGCCCAGCGAGUGGUGGCAGUGCCGCUCCCGUGACGGCCGUCAGGGCUAUCUCCCUUCCACCUACCUCGAGGUCCUCAAGCGUCCAGGCCAGGACGUCAAGCAGAUCAAGGCCGUCGCCGACAGCACCCGCACAAACUCCCUGACCAGCGCCUCGGAAGAGGGCAAGAAGGAGUAUGUCUCUGCUGGCGGCAUGCAAAGAGGCCACUUUUACUCUUGA